GCACAAGCAGCUCUUUAGAGCUGCUGCUUCGCGGAAGGGCGGGAGCCUGCUGGGUUCAGGCGGCUGCCGCCGGGCUGUUUGCCCGCUUGCUCGGGCGCGGGGUAUGGCGGAGGCGGCGCUGCCGAGCUCAGGUACAUUAAAUCCAGAUGCAACUGACUUCAUUCCAAGGGAAAGGCAAACAUGCAGUCUAAAUUGGAGCAAUCAGUCCAGAUUUGAAAUGGAUCGGGAUUCGAGCAGAAACAUUGUACCACCUCCUGUUCAACCUAGACACAGUAAAUAUGAAGGCUGUUCUGCAGAUCAGCGUAAUUUUUAUAGUCCAGAGAACCAACGUAGAUUUCAGCCAGAUUCUUCACUGUUCAGCAGUAUGGGUAAAACUAAAGGCCGCAACUUUCAUGGUCAGCGAUUUCAAAGAUCAAGGAAUGAUAGAGGACAUGGCAAAAAUCAGAUAAAGCAAACACCUGCUGAGAGUUCAGAAGACCCUGAAUGUUUAGAUACUAGCCUGGCUCCAGGAAGGAGGAUGAAUCCUAGGAACUAUCAUGACUUUUCUUCAGAUAGUGAAAAGGAGGUUGCUACUGUAGAGAACAGAGGAGCAAAGCCAAAGAAGACAUAUUUGAUGCAUUCACGUGGAAGAGGAUUGAAAGAAAAAGAAAAACAUCCUCCUGAACGGGAUAAAAGAAUAGCUUCUAAAUGGAAAGAUGAAGCCUUUGACUACAUACCAGUGGUAGAUCUGACUCAGUCGGACUCUUCUGAAGCAUCUCUUGGAAAAGCAGUUUCUGAUGGCUUUUCUGACAAUAGCAUUGCAAGGAGAAGAUAUCCUUUUGCAAACAAACAUUUUAGAGAGCCUAUGCGGAAUAAAGAGACUGGCAAAAGGCAAGAGAUGCCCCGGAGCAAAAAUGUGAAACAUGUUAAGAAUGCAUCCCUUCCACAUCCUCCCAAAGAGCGCACCAAUGAGAAGAGGAAAGAAUCUGUGCUGCAUGAAAGAGGUCCAAACUUUGUGAGUUUGACACAGACAAAGCCAACAAUUGACGCAACUGCACAUGGUGGAAGAAAACCUCUCCUUCAAGAAGGAUAUAAAAGCAGGCGCUGGAAAAAGCAAAAUGAUGCACCAAAGAACAAAGAAACUCAUACAGGGUCCCUGAUAGAGCAGCUUACCUCAGAGAUGUAUGAAUGUAUGGUAUGUUGUGAGGUGAUCCGUAUGGUAGCCCCAGUGUGGAGCUGUCAGAAUUGUUAUCAUGUAUUCCACUUAAGCUGCAUUAAGAAGUGGGCAAGAUCGCCAGCGGCACAGACUGAAGAUGGCAAUAGUGGUUGGCGAUGUCCUGCUUGUCAAAAUGUCUCGUCACAAGUUCCUAAUAUUUACACCUGUUUUUGUGGCAGGGUAAAAAACCCUGAAUGGAAUAGAAAUGAAAUACCACAUAGCUGUGGAGAACUCUGCAGAAAGAAAAGAUCUGCUCAGGACUGUCCACAUUUAUGUAAUAUUCUCUGUCACCCAGGACCUUGCCCAUCAUGCCCUGCUUUUAUGACCAAAAAAUGUGAAUGUGGACGUACAAGCCAUUCAGUUCGCUGUGGGCAUUCUGCUGCAAUUCAGUGUACUAAUAUGUGUGGGAAUGUUUUGAAUUGUGAUAAACAUAAUUGUACCCAGAUAUGCCACUCGGGAAAAUGUCAGCCAUGUGAAUUGACUAUAAAACAAGUGUGUUACUGUGGGAGAUCUUCUCGGGAAGUGUUAUGUGGAACAAGUGAAGAACACUUCUCCUGUCUGAGAACUUGUGGCAGAAAAUUAUCCUGUGGAAUGCACAACUGCGCACAAGUCUGCCAUCCUCAAUCUUGCCAGCCUUGUCCACGUCUUCCACAAAUAGUGCACUGUUGCCCUUGUGGGCAGACAUCUCUUAGCAAAUUAUUAGAACUGGGGUGUAUGGAACGUAAACUCUGCACGGAUCCCAUCCCAUCAUGUGGAAGAACAUGUGGCAAACCUCUACCUUGCAGUAGCUAUGAUGCUGUCCAUACAUGUGAAAACCUCUGUCAUGAAGGAGAAUGUGGACUAUGUUCUCGCAUGUCAAAAAUUUGCUGCAGAUGUGCCUUAAAAACAAAGGAAGUUCCCUGUGCCUCUCUCAAAAAUCAAGUUGAAGUAGCAUUUUUGUGUGACAAGCGAUGCAGCAAGAAACUGUCAUGUGGACGACACAAGUGUAAUGAUAGUUGCUGUGUGGAUAAAGAACACAAAUGCUCUUUGAUUUGUGGCCGCAAACUCAAUUGUGGUAUUCAUAGAUGUGAAGAACCUUGUCACCGUGGCAAUUGUCAGAAAUGUUGGCAGACCAGUUUUGAGGAAUUAACUUGCUAUUGUGGUGAAUCUGUGAUUUACCCUCCAGUACCUUGUGGUACUCGACCACCAGAAUGUAAAAAUUCAUGUACUAGACCUCAUGAAUGUGACCAUCCAGUAUAUCAUUCCUGUCAUAGUGAAGAGAAGUGUCCACCGUGCACAUACCUUGUUCAGAAAUGGUGUAUGGGAAGGCAUGAAUUGCGGAACAAUAUUCCUUGUUACCUCACUGACAUCUCCUGUGGUCUUCCCUGUGAUCGGAUGUUAAAAUGUGGAAUGCACAAAUGCAAAAGAAUCUGCCACAAAGGGGAAUGCCUCAUAGAUGAAGAGUGCAGACAGCCAUGUACUAUUCUUAGACUUCACUGUAAUCAUCCUUGUAUGUCUCCGUGUCAUCCAUCUUUACCUUGUCCUACAACAUCUUGCAGUGCAAAGGUUGAACUUCAGUGUGAAUGUGGAAGAAGAAAGGAGACUAUGAUUUGUUCAGAAGCAUCCAGUACUUAUCAAAGAAUAGCUGCUAUCUCCAUAGCUUCUAAAUUAACAGAUCCGCAACUUGGAGAUUCAGUGGAGAUUAGCAGAUUGAUUACCAAAAAGGAAAUGAAGCAAACCAGACUGCAGUGUGAUGAAGAAUGUUUAGCUCUUGAAAGGAACAGGCGGUUUGCUGAGGCUCUUCAUAUUGAUGACAGUUCUGAUCCUUUCAAUGUUCGUGCUUCUGCUCCCAAGUACAGUGACAUCUUAAAAGAGGAUGGAAGAAAAGAUUUAAAGUUUGUCAGUGAAAUUGAGAAAGAAAUGAAAGCCCUUAUAGAAGCUGUAAAUAAGAGCAAGCAUACAAAGAGGAGUCAUUGCUUCCCACCUAUGAACAGAGAACAUCGCAGAAUCAUCCAUGAGCUUGCUCAGGCUUAUGGCAUAGAGAGUGUGAGCUAUGAUAACGAACCAAAGCGCAAUGUUGUUAUCAGUGCGGUGAAAGGGAAAUCAGUUUGCCCGACAGUUUCUCUGACUUCGCUGCUUUCCAAGGAGAGGCAGACCAGACCCCCUCCACCCAUUCCUCAUCACAAACAAUCAGAGAAGCACGGGAAUAGCAGCCUAGACAGAGGAUUCAAAGAGGAGCCAGUGAUUGACUACUUUGAUGUACAGGACUGAAGAGAUGAUUAUAAAAUUAUGCUGUUGAAAAGUGAAAGUGAAGCUGCUGGUGUGUUCAGGACCAUUUUUGUCAAAAUUCAUUCUAUUUAACGUAUGCGGAGUUCAUCAUGAAAACAGCAGAUGAAAAUAAAUUGUUCAUCAGAUUUUAAUCCUCCAUAAAUGGUGAUAAAUGUGUUGCUGGCUUGGGGUAGAUGAGUCUAUUUGCUGUUGGAAUGUGGUGAGAGUUGUACAUGUGCAUCUGCAACCAGCAUCUGCCUUUCUAAACUUGGAGUAGUUCGUAACAGUGAAACAUUAAUAGGUGGUAUCCAAGGCAUUCUGCUGCAUAGCAUAAGCAGGUUAUUUCUCAUCUGAAUUUAUGAAGUCAUUAAUAAUUUUUAGUUGAAAGGAACAAGUAAUUUAGUUAUUACUAGCAGACUGGAAAUGACGAGUUAAGAUUAUAUUGAUGAUCCAGAUGAACUGAUCAAAAGCCAUUUUUAAAUCCUAAUAUGAUUCAAAGGAUUGCCCCAUGGCAGUUGCAACUCCAUGAAUCUUGUCAGUGAUAGAAUUGGUGAGUCUCAGUUUGUAUUCACUGACAAUUAGUUUCUAAUGACUGACAAUUAGUUUCUAAUGUUUAGUUCCCUCUGCCAUAAAUCCCUCUUCCCAAUCCUUGAUAUUCUUAAGUGGUGAAUAUAUGGAUCUGAAGAGAGCCUUCCAUUUUACUUGCAGCUCUUUUUAAUGGAAAAUUGUCUGACUUCAGUUAUGCUAUGCAUUAAGGAUGUGCUUGUGACAGAAAAAAAAUAAAAAUAAAAAUCAGUUGCAUUUGUAGCAGUUCUUUCUAGUGCAGGAAGAGCCUGUAGUCAGGCAACAGUUGAAUAUGCCUGUUGCAUUUGAAGUGAAAUAUAAACUUCUUUUGGCCAACGCAGCAUCCUCUUCAAGACCUGUCAUUUUUGCUAACUUCAUUUCCUACUAUAAGAGUCAGGCACAUUCACACCAGACCCUGGGUCACCUUCUCUUUGUUUCACGAGAGGGCUUGCACACUUCUCCCCUUGCUGAAAAUAUAACGUAGGAAGGGUGUUAAAUGAAUGUAAUAUUGAGUCAACCAUGUUUUGGUAUCAGUCUGUACUUUUCCUUCCAUAAAAAGUCCAAUGCAGCAUUUUAUCAGGAUGUAGGACUCCCAGAAGAGACCUUGCUUACUUGUAUCCGAUUUAUGCUGGUCACCCUUGAGCAGCUGCUGGGAUUCAUGUGUUCUGAGGACCCACCACUAACUCUUGCUCUGGCUCAAUGGGAAGGAUUGGCUCAGCCCACAAACACUAGUGUGUAGUCCCCUUCCCUUGUCAUUGCAGUUGAUAUGUUGCCAAGUGUGUGUCUCUCUUUGCCACUUCUGCAUCUAGUGCAGGCCUGCUCAACUUCAGCCCUCCUGCUGAUGUGGCCUACAACUCCCAUAAUCCCUGGCUAUUGGCUACUGUAGCUGGGAAUGAUGGGAGUUGUAGUCCCAAAACAGCGGGGUGGGGGGCACCAAAGUUGAGCUGGUCUGGUCUAGUAACAGCAGGCCAGUAACUGUAACCUUGCCAGCAACUGCCUGCCAUGUUUCUUAUCCCUACAGUGCCCCAUAUUGUGUAAUGCUAUGUAGGGCACUGCGAGGAGAUGUGCGAUGGGCAUCAGCUGCCUGGUGAAAUGCUGCUACUGGCCUGCCACUACCAGAUGCAGUAGGGAAUUUUAAAAAGUUAUCUCUACUGGCCCACAGAAGGGUACUAAGCAGAAGGCACUCUGCCUAGAGUGCCCUGAAACCUGAAGCUGAUCCUGGACUUAUGAGUACCUACAAAAAUAAAUUCUGAGUACAUUAUCACUUAAAUGAUGGGAGUGACUUUAUGGUCUGUCUUAAGACUGAAAAUUUAUAGAAGAGCAAUGGGUAGAUCAGCAAUCCUAGUAGAACCUUUAAGAGACUCUGCAUAGGGUUUAGAAAACAUGACCUGAAAUAGAUUUUUACCUAUUAUUUGACCUCUCCCCACAUUGAUUUACUGUUCAUGUACAAAGCAAUAUAUUUGUACUAGCCCAUUACAAUAUAACAUUAUCUUGACAUAUAUUUUGUGCAUUUAAAAUAAUGUUGGUAAAUGUCUAAAAAGGGUGUCUUUUGUUUCACACGAUUUAAUAUAUGCACGUUUAUCAACAAAAUGCCUAAGAAUUUAGGAUAAUUUUGACUUCAAAGGGAAGAUGUGCACACGCGCAUACUCCUAUUCUAUACAUGUAGUAGAGGUGUGCUACAGUCAUGUCAGACAGUUGGCUUCCUUCAUGGUACAGAUUUUGUGCACACAAAGCAGCUGCUGCUUCUCCCCCCAAGCAUACAUAGGAAGCUGCUAUUCCCAGAUGAGCCAACAUAUAUAUAUGAAUGCAGAAUGGAUCCAUCACAGCCCAGUAGAUGUGGAGUCUAGUGACCAUUUCAAUAUCAAUCUGCAACAUCUUGACACAAAGAUGAGGAUGUACGUUUCCAUCCAUCAUGUGAUUUGGACAGUUUCCCCAUCUAUAGAUGUUUACAGGUGCUACUGCAAGUUGUACUAGUGUGUGUGGGUACACUGAUACACAGAUUAUUAGACUGUCUCCUGAUUAGGGCUCAUAAGCACAGAAAUAUGUUUUCAUCAUUCGUACUUAGCAAUUUUUGUUUGUGGAUAGUAGUUUUUGAAGUGAUUGGUCUUGCUGUUGCUUGGUGGGAAAAUGCUACAUCAAGUUGUAGCAUUAAGUUGAUGUUGAACUACAUUACGUUGAUGAACUACAUUAAAUUGAUGUUUCCCUUUGCCGUUUUUGCAACAUCUUUGUAUCUCUUAUUUGGAACUGACUCUCCGCUAGUGUUUUGAAAUGCAAGUCGUUCAUUUCUGAUUUGAUUUCCGCUCUUUUUGGUAACCUAAUGGAGAAAGAGAGAAGACUGUUUAGGCCCUAGAACAAGUUUUACACUGUGUUCUGCACUUAUGAACAGGGCGAUUUGAAUAUGCAAACAGUGCAGAUAAAUUUCAGGAUUGAAGUCUACUAAUAAUUACAUAUAUUCAAAACUGCUCUGAUUACUCAGUGCUAUGUAUGUAUGCAUCUGUCUCUGUGUAAUCUGAACUGUAAGUUGUGAAAAUUGCUAUGGAGACCAUUCCUUAUGCUGUUUCUCAUGAUGGAGUGAAAGAAUAAUUAUCUAAGAUUUGUUUUUCAUACCUUUUGUGGAAACUUUACAAACACACACACAACCUGCUUGCUUUCAAGUUCAAUGGUGUAAUAAAUGAUUUACUUUAUAAAUCUGUAAUAUAAAUCUGUAAUAAAAAUCAAAGUUCA